GUGACAUUGACAAAUAAAAAGCAUUGAUCGCGUUCCUUCUGACUUCUGUGUUUUCUUCUCUCCACGUGAAACCAAAAUAACUUGUGAAAUAUCCUGAAACUGCACGCUACUUGUGAAGAAAUCUAAUAAUCAUGGCGGUUCGUGUACAAUUCGAGAAUAAUAACGAAGUGGGAGUGUUUAGUAAACUGACAAACUCGUACUGCCUCGUCGCUAUCGGCGGCUCGGAGAACUUCUACAGCGUGUUCGAAGCUGAGCUCGCGGAUACGAUUCCAGUGGUGCAUAUCAGUAUAGCUGGAUGCAGGAUCAUCGGGAGGAUGACUGUUGCGAACAAGAACGGGCUGCUUGUUCCCUCGUCGACCACAGACACAGAGUUGCAACAUAUACGGAAUAGCUUGCCGGAUACAGUCAAAGUACAAAGGGUCGAGGAGCGCUUAAGCGCGCUCGGUAAUGUAAUCGCUUGCAACGACUACGUAGCCCUCGUACACCCUGAUUUAGAUAAGGACACGGAAGAAAUCCUCGCAGACACAUUAAACGUCGAGGUCUUCAGACAGACAGUCGCGGGAAAUGUGUUAGUAGGCUCAUACACAGCGCUAACUAACAGAGGGGGCUUGGUGCACCCUAAAACGACUAUACAGGACCAGGACGAGUUGUCGUCUUUACUACAAGUUCCAUUAGUAGCUGGGACGGUCAAUAGAGGUAGUGAAGUAGUUGCUGCUGGAUUGGUGGUCAAUGAUUGGUGUGCCUUCUGUGGUAUGGACACUACGUCAACAGAGAUAUCUGUGAUAGAGAGUGUCUUCAAGCUAAACGAUGCUAAGCCGACUGCCAUAACUUCCACAAUGCGUGCCUCCCUCAUCGAUAGUAUGUCAUAACACCUGUGUAGUCCGGAUGGGCUGUAUCUACCUGCAAUUUUUAUUAUAAUAUUGUUUUGUAUGUAAAAUUUCUGUUGAUCAGAUUACCAAACUGUCUGUGACCUGUGUUUUUACACUAAUUAAGUACAUAAUAAAAAAUAAUAAACGUUA